AUGGAUUCCGAUGAUUCAUCUAGAUCUUCAUCUGGAGAUACUAUCGACGAUUACGAUGAGCGUGUCCAUAAUGUGAUUAUUCGAGCAGCUGAAUUAGUUAGACGUAUUGAUUGUAUGCAUUGGCCAUGGGAGAUGUGUCUGGCGGCGUGGCGAGGUACUUACACAAGCGGUCAUGUGGGUAGACCGUCAUUGAUACUCGAGGCUGUGGCAUCGAACGAUCUCUGGAUUUGGAAUGCGUACUUUGGAAUGCAAGGUUCGCACAAUGAUAUCAAUGUGUUCGAAGCAUCGCCGAUUCUAGAGGAAAUUAUAAACGGAUCGGCACCCAGUGCCUCAUUUUGGGCAAACGGAAACCAUUACGAGAAGGGGUACUAUUUGGCCGAUGGCAUCUACCCCGAAUAUGCUACAUUCGUGAAGACCUUUUCAGACCCGAUUGAUGAAAAAAGAAGGCAUUUUAAGAAAAAACAAGAGUCCGCACGAAAGGGUAUUGAGUGGGCUUUCGGUGUGCUUAAAAAACGAUGGAAAGUUUUGAAACAUCCGGCACUCUAUUGGGACACACAAGCUAUCCAAGAUGUUUGUUACGCUUGUAUCAUUUUACAUAACAUGAUCCUGGAGGACGAAAACAAGGCCGUAUGCCAAGACUACAAUGCCCAAGAACCGAGCCUAAAUCCAGAUUAUUGGAGGCACCUAACUCCAAUGGAAGUUCGGAUCCAAAAUCUGCAUGCCGUAAAAAACCGUGAAACCCACAACAUGCUAACGGCAGAUUUGGUUGACCAUCUUUGGGCGAACACACCACAUGACUUCGAGCCUCCAGCCGAUCCUUUCGCCGAUCUUCGAGAUUUUGUUAGCACCGACGACGACUCUGAUUAA